AUGGAGGAAACUGAACUUAACAAUGCGAAAACGACUGAACCCCGCGAGACAAUUUCUCUUAUUAACGACAAGAUAACAUUUUCAACGUACAUUGACGUAACACCGGAUUUUUGGCUUGUGUUUGGAGACACCACCAUAGCUUUUGUCGGGAGGCGGUUGUGUGCGAAUACCGGGAAAUCAACGAUGGUUUCUGUGAGCGAGAGGAUUUCCAACAUGGAGUAUUCGACUGCAAAAUACUGUACAAGCGAUUGUCGCGCGGUUGUGUUUUCCCCUGUCAGUGUCGAAUGUUAUAUAUUCCAGGAGAACCAUUUAGAUCUUGUGUGGUCUGCAUCACAGACAAACUUUUCUUCAAUUGGCCUUGGGAAGUUCCAGGACAGCGCCAUUUACGGUGAUACGCUCAGGGUUAUUACAGACGAAGGUGUUUUGGCCGUUUUUGAUUUCACCAACACGUCCCUUCUUUUUCAGAAGAAAGUAGCAGACAUCGGAAAAAUUAAAAUUGCUUCUGGUGACGACAAGACCAUUUGUCUCAUCGAAGAGAACCUGAACGCCAUUUGUCUCCGUGUGGACGCAGAGCAUGACGAGUACCAAGUCCUACGCAAUUUCAAUAUCAAGCGGCGUGUGACGAUACUUUUGAAAGAGGGCAGUGACUUUUUGCAAGACGUCCACGUGGUGUCGACCCGUGACGGGUUUGUGAUGUACGACGACGUUGACCUGAUUGAAUAUGACAUGGUGACUGACGUGAUGCAUUCGUAUUCCGGAGUAUGUAAUGUUGUAUAUGUGAAGGUCGACAGUGAUUUUCUGUAUUGUGGUUCGAGGGGUGGGGAGUUCACGGUGAUCGAUCGGAGAACUCGAAAUGUCGCACAGAACUUGAAAUUGAAAACCGAGGCGAACAAUGCGAUUGUGGAAUAUAAACUUAAUGAAGAUAAUAACAUCCUCUAUUUUAGUGACAAAAAAAUGAUGUAUGCAUUCAACGACUUUAAAAUGUAUUUGCCUUUAGGUCCCGAAAAAAUGGAGGAAUCGUGA